AUGGCCGACGAUGGAUCGCCUCAGGAGGAUUUGGUGUCUGGUGGGCCAGGUUCGGCAAAUCAAGGAGGUUUCUAUCGUGCAUCUUCUCCUCUUCCAUCACAUUCGGGAAGUCUCGGUGAUUUGAUGAUGCCCGUGGCUGAGAAUUGGUGCCACACACAGGUAAAAGUCGUCAAAUUCAACUACAUGUGGACGAUUAACAACUUUAGCUUUUGCCGCGAAGAAAUGGGAGAGGUGCUCAAAUCGUCGACAUUUUCCGCUGGUUCAAAUGAUAAACUCAAAUGGUGUUUACGAAUUAAUCCAAAAGGGCUUGAUGAAGAGUCUCGUGAUUAUCUUUCGCUUUAUUUACUCCUCGUUCAAUGCAACAAAAACGAGGUGCGUGCGAAGUUCAAAUUCUCGAUUCUGAAUGCGAAAAGAGAAGAAACGAAAGCGAUGGAAUCACAAAGAGCCUAUCGAUUCGUGCAAGGAAAAGAUUGGGGUUUCAAGAAAUUCAUUCGACGCGAUUUUCUUCUUGAUGAGAGUAAUGGAUUGCUUCCCGAGGAUAAGCUCAGCAUUUUCUGCGAGGUGUCGGUUGUUGCAGAGACGGUGAAUGUUACUGGCCAAUCUAAUUCUUCAUUGUUCAAGGUGCCACAAUGUAAACUUUCGGAAGAUUUGGGUAAUCUUUUCGAGUCAAAUCUUUUCUCCGAAUCAAAGUUGAUCGUCACUGAACGGGACACAGAGGGAAAUGUGAUCACAACGGCUGAAAUUCCAGUUCAUAAAGCUGUACUCGCCGCCAGAUCGAAAGUUUUUCGAUCAAUGUUUGAGCAUCCGAUGAAAGAAAGCUCAACCAGUGAGGUAUGUAUUGAUGAUGUGGAUGCGGAAGUGGUGAAAGAGAUGCUCCAUUUUAUGUACACUGGCACCUCUCCCCGUCUUGAUGCUAUGGCUCCAAAUCUCAUCGCAGCCGCUGACAAAUAUGAUUUGCAUCGGCUCAAGGUGAUGUGCGAGCAAGCUCUCUGUCUGGCGUUGACAGCCGAAAAUGCUUGUAUGACGUUGGUUUUGGCCGAUUUAUACAAUGCGGAUCAAUUACGGCAACACUCCAUCAAUUUCAUUAAUGUGCACGCAAACGAGGUAAUGCAAUCAGAUGGAUGGCAAGACCUUGUGCAUCAACAUUCUCAAUUACUUGCUGAAACCGAAUGUUUACUUGUGAUUGGUAAAGUCUCGUGUCCAUCACAUCCCGAUCUGUUGACGGGUGCACAAAUUGAACUUGUCGAUCAUGAUCCGUUACCCUGGGAACUUGAUGAUUUAAUGGGGCAAACAUUUGCACAAAGUAAUGGAUCAUUUAAAGUGAGUGGCUGUGGAUCGGAUUUCGGCCCAUCAAACACACCGGAUCCAUUCCUGCGAAUAAAGCAUCGAUGCCCUGUCAAGGGUACAUGGAUAGGUAAAAAGGCUGAUGAAUGGCCAAUGGAAAGAGUGACAAAGAUCGACGUUUUGCCUUUUUUUCUUCCACAAAUUCUGAACCUCGGCAAUAUUCGUCUUGAUUUGGACUUAAAUGUUGAA